UUCGUUUAUCCUAAAUAUGAGAAGAUGAGCCAAACUCGGUUUGUUCAAUCAAGUAUUUAUUUAGAAAGCAAUGAAAGGUAACAAUCAGCAAAGCAAUGGGCAUCCAACAAGUCGCAUCAGAACACGAGACCCAUCAGAACGCAUCAAACAGCCGGCGCCUGUCUAUUUUAUAACAGUAGAUCUUGGUUCUUCCUCCUCAGGCGUAGCCCCUCCUUCUUGGCUUUGGAAUAAGGAAGUGACAAGUCUCAAAAUGUUCAUCUCUUGACCAGCCUUGACACAGCUGAUGGCAUGUGGGCCAACGGUGUUGACAAUUGGAGAGAAGAUUAUUGUGUUCUUGCUAUAUCAAAACAAUGUUCUGUUUGUACAGACAUUCAAAACAAUUUAACCAAAACAACGAAACAGCAUUGUGACGCAGACACAUUCUAAUUUUCAAGAUUAAACACUUGGAAGGAAAGGGUUAUUAUUAAUCAUUUGCGUGAAGGCCUUAUCUGGCUCAAACUACUUCUAUCUUUAUUCAUUUAGAGUUGAGUUAGACACAGACUAUAGCUAAAAUAUUGAAAUCCUAACAUACUGCAUGACAUCAUGUGGAGAGGAUUUCACAUUUAUAUAAAAUUCCUUCAUACACCCCCUUUAAUAAAUUCAUUUCUUGGCAUAACUGUGAUAAAUGUUUGUGGCGACGCUCAAGCUGGGGUUGGGGAGGUUCAACAUUCCUCUGCGUUGCUGAGGGCGGGGUUGAGGAGGAUAUAAAGACCCCACCACAGGCCCAAGGUGUGUGACCAGAUUAGUCUUCUUGAAGUUUCAACAGCUACAGCCAGAGGUCAACAUGAGCCGCAGUCCAGAGAGGAUGUCCUCGUACCGCCGUCACUUUGAGGGCACCUUGGCCGCCUCGUCCGUCCAACAGCUCCGGGUCUCCAGUCCCUCUCCCAGCCGAAGAGACAGCCGCCACCGGUCCGUCAGCUUCACCCGGAGUGGACGGGCGGUGGGGCGCAGGGGCCUCUCCAGUAAGACCCGCAUGACCAGCAGUGCGAGUUUGGGAGCGCUGUGCUUUGGUAUGUCCAUGGGGCUCGGACCAAAACUGGACCUGGAUGCAGUUGCAGCAGAGAACCAGGCCUUUAUGGCGACUCGAACCAACGAGAGGCAGGAGAUGGUGGCCCUCAAUGAUCGCCUGGCGGCUUACAUUGAAAAGGUGCGAACGCUGGAGUCCCAAAACAAUCUGCUGGAGGUUGAGAUCGAGACCCUGAAGGGUCGCCACCUCCGCCCUUCGGGCCUCAGGCAGCUGUACGAAUCUCAGCUGAAGGAAUUCAACAGGGAGGCUGCCCAGAUGAGAAAUCAGAGGGACAUGUCUGUGGCAGCCAAGGAUGCAAUGCUGGGCCAGUUGGACCAGCUGAAGGCCAAAUAUGACGAAGCUGUGGAGGCCAGGAAAAACACUGAGCACGACAUCGAUUCACUACGUCCAGAUGUGGAUAAAGCCACCUCAGCCCGGAUCAAUCUGGAGAAGCACCUGGAGAACCUGGAGACUGAGCUGGCCUUCUUGCAGAGAAUUCACAAGGAGGAAAUUGAGGAGCUCAUGCAGCAGAUCUACUCGGUAACCUCCAGGGUGGACAUCUCCUUUGGCCUCCCAGACCUCUCCUCUGCUCUGAGACAGAUUCAGUCUCAGUACGACAGCAUCGCCGCCAAAAACCUGCAGGAAAUGGAUACCUGGUACAAGACAAAGUUUCAGGACCUGACCAGCGCCACCACCAAACAUGUUCAGAGUGUUCGCAGCGUGAGAGAGGAAAUCGCAGGCUAUAAGAAGGAUCUCCUCAACAAGGAGCGUGAACUGGAAGCAAUGAAGACAAGGAAUGAGUAUUUGGAUGCUCAGAUCCGUGAUGCAGCUGCGAAAUACAAAAAGGAGGAGGAGGAUUUAGAGGGGCGUAUAGAAUCUGUUAAAUUGGAUCUGACUGUGACGAAGGAGAAGAUAGCUAUGCUGCUGAGGGAAUAUCAGGAACUGCUGAAUGUAAAGAUGGCUCUGGAGAUCGAGAUUACAACCUACAGGAAGCUGAUUGAAGGGGAGGACAGCCGUCUGAGCACCAUGGUGCGUAACCUGUCCCUGACUGGGGGCCUGUGCCUAACUUCCAGUGUUAGUAUGCAAGCGGCCUCAGCUCCAGAUCCAAAAGUAACGAUUUCAAAGCUGGAUGAAGUCCCCAGUGACAAGAGCAGCAGCGGGGCUGAGAAGCCAAUAGACGCUGGCAUACCGCGAGUGGAGGUGGUCUCAUCGGACACCCAGACAGAUGGUGACUUAGGGGACCAGGCCACAGAGAUGUCUGAGAGGAAGACACUUCUCAUCAGAACAGUUAAGACAGAUGGUGAAACGUACGAGAGCGACAGACAGGAGCGCACCUUCAUCAUUUCUGGAGCAGCCGAUGAAACAGAUGAAGAAUAAUCCAAGUCCCACCUGCUGACUUUGCUGUUCACCACUACAAACACACUGUAUUGCAGUGAAAGGAAUUCCAACUCCAACUGCAUGUUGCAAUGCCCAUUUAGUGGUUGUGUUUAUCUUCCAUUGAGACUUUACACUGUGUCCUGUCACUCU